UGUAUGAAAAUUACGUUUUGUAUUAUUCUGUUGAAGACAAAUACACUUUCCGCAAUUGAACUAAGCAGAUCCAGAGUUGAAAAGGACAGGGCAGUAAUUUUGUUCAAGUAACAUUCCCUUUAUUCUUUAGGCCUUUAAAUACCCAAAGAAUUCCCUUGAUGUAGACAACCUUCUGUGUACUUUUUAAUUCUUUAGUUUCCUUCCCCUAGUUAUAUCUCUCCCUCUCUCCUCCACUCAGCCAUGGAAGAUGAAGCGCGAGACUCAACCUCGUCAAAGCAGUCUUGUGAAAGAAAUGAACCAGUGAGAUCAAGGUGGAACCCAAAGCGGGAACAAAUCCUAAUACUUGAGUCCAUCUUCAAUAGUGGUAUGGUAAAUCCACCAAAAGACGAGACAGUGAGAAUCAGGAAACUCCUGGAGCAAUUUGGCGCCGUUGGAGAUGCAAACGUCUUCUAUUGGUUCCAAAACCGCCGCUCAAGGUCUCGCCGUCGUCAACGACAAAUUCAGGCGAGCCUUACUGCUGCCACCGACACUAGUGGAGGUGGAGGAGAACAAUCUACAAGGUCUAGUACUAGCGGCGGUGCAAUUGAGUUUGUCCCCUCAUCUAUUUCGUUCCCUAUAGCUGCACCUUCCAAUUAUCUUGUUCUUGGUUCCUCCUCCUCUUCUUCUUCUUCUUGUGGAGGAGUUGUGGGAAAUGCAAAUGAUGGCCGCUUCCCCUUUUCUGCUCAAAUGGGUCUUCCGGAAAUUCAGCAAAACUCUUCUGUCGCUUCAAUUUUGCGCUCACCAACAGACAAUGCUGACAGCUUGCACUACCAAACCGGGUUUAUCACAGUUUUUAUCAAUGGAGUAGCUACGGAGGUGCCCAGAGGGCCACUUGACAUGAAAGCUAUGUUCAGCCCAGAAGACCUGAUCUUGUAUCAUUCCUCUGGGGUGCCACUCCCAGUUAAUGAAUAUGGUUUUAUUGUUCAGACUUUGCAGCAUGGUGAAAGCUACUUCCUGGUUUCAAGACCAGCUUAAAGUGAAUUGUUCGACCUCUGACUUCGGAACUAUCCUUGUAUUUUUGUUUUCUACCCAGAUGUAUACGGGUAAAACCGAGAACAAGGAUAUUCUCGAUUUCCCGGCAUGAAAAUUGAGUUCGGUUGGGGCUGGAUCGACCACACCAGGCCCUAGGUUGUUGAGUUCGGUUGGAGUCAGACACCGAGAUACGAUGAGAAGGCAGUUAAUCACCAUAAUGAGGACACUGAAAUAUCUGCCACCAGCCGGAUAUUUUGGCACCAAUCUCGCCCAUCAGUUACUGAAAGAUUAUGUGUCUUAUUUAGACUUGUACUAGGGUUAGGAGGCCCCCCUUUACUUUAGACGUUUUCUUUUUCACACACACAAAUCCAAAAGGCAAUACAAUUGUUAGCAAGUGUUCAUUCAUCUUUCUAAGUGUUUUAUCACUGUUCAUUGUUCAUUAUACAACCACUGUAGAUCGAUCUCGGUUCCCCGAACCCGA